AUGGAGGCCCGCGGUAGCCUCGUCGACUACGGUGACGACGACGAUGCCGAAUCCCUCAAGGACGCGCCCUCGCAAGGACGAAGCAUGACCUUCCGGUCGCCCUUGACCAGGACCCGCUCCCUCUCCGACGGCGGUGGAACGACGCCCUGCAAGCUGUCACCGUCGCCUCACAUCGUGGAAUCCUCGCGUCGGACGUCCAAGGACGACAGCGCCCUCCAGGACCAGCCUCUUCCCGUCACGCCGCGACGGUCCGACCUCAAACCUCUCUCCGUCCGUGUGCCAUCUCGCCAGUGCACCCCUCCUCCUCCCGUCGCCUCCAACCCAUACGUCAAGCCGACGCCCCUGUCGCCGAAGCUGGACCACUCCCAGACGUACGCCUCCCCGACCAACAUCCUCCCGCGCCGCUCGCGAGGCCUCGACUUCUCCCGCGCGGCGACGAGCCUCCACCACUCGACGCUUGCCGAGCAGUCUUCGCCCGACUCGUCGCCCAUCAAUGCCGACCGUGCCAUGAACAUCCCGAGCCGCAGGAGCGAAUACGGCGGACCCGAACAGACGUCGACGUCGCUCUGGUCCAUUAUGGGCAAGCACGACAGGAUGCACAUGAGCAACUCGCUUGGUAGCAACCAAGCGAUCGUCUCCGACUCGUCCAGCUCCUCCGACGGCGACAUCCUGGACGAAGACAUGGACGACGCCUACGUCACCACGCCGCAGGUGAAGAGCGGCCCGGACGUGGCGCAGGCCGGCACCGUGCCCGGCUUCGGCAACCUCGUGAGCUUCCAGCAGAGACAGCGGCCGCGGAAGCAGGCGAAGAAAAGGGGCCGCGGCCCGCUGGGGCUGGGAUUCAACCUGUCGACCGCCGUCCUUUCCAAGUCGCCGCCGAACCCGACUCAUGCGAGGAGGGAGAGCAUCAGCUGGCAGGCGAACCAGCUACACAUAUCGAGCGUCGAGACGGACGAGGGAACCAAGUCGCAGAGCGACGCGGACGGGACGAGCGGAGAUGGGCAGAGGAGCGUCAUCCGAAGGACCGUCACUCGUCGCGGUAACCUCCUGCCCAAGACGAAGACAUUCGCUCGCAUACGGGCCGCCCUGGCGGAGGAAGGUGCGCCGGCCGACGCGGAAACCCGUCGCGAGGCCGAGGUGGUCAAGCAGGUUCGCGAGAGCGACGUGGAUCUCGAGCGUCGCAUGUCGACCCAAGGACUCGAGCCGUCGGCGGCCGUCCAUGGCCUGUCGUCGCCCAACCUGGCGAGCCUCGACCCUGCAGACGACGUGGCCGAGGAGGAGAUGGCGGCCGAAGCGGGCGCCGGCUUGUCGAGCAGCUUCAAGCAGCACGCGAUGAAGAACUCCAAAGGGAAGACCUUUUGGGACACGUUUUCGGAAUCGAGCAGCGUCUGCGGCAACAGCGGCAACAGGACACCACCGCCCCCCGUCGGGUUCCUGCCCCGCGGCUCGUCGUCGGGCGUUAGCGAGGAUGCCACGAUGGACUCCCCCUCGCUCGCCGGCCCGUCCGGCUACGCGGUACCGCAGCCUCGGCACGAAAGUCUUCACGCUCACACGUCCGCUGACUGGUGGCAGGGCUCGCAACACGGCAGCGGCUCGGGUCCGAGCGCGGCGGAAAUCACGCGGCGGAUCAACAACAAACGGCGGCGCGACGACGACUUCGACCCGACGAGCCUCAAGCGGCGCGCCGUUAGUCCUGGCAUGAGCGCGCACAACUCGCCCGUGCUGCAGAGCCCGAUGCAGCGCGACUCGGCCGCCUGGGGCUCGCGGCCGGGCAGCAACGGCGGAGAACGGGGCGGCAGCAACGCGGCGAGCGAGUCCGGGAGCAUGGGGGGAACGCCGUCUAACCAAGCCGGCCGACCGAACGGCAAGGGCAGGGUGGGGUUCCAAGGCAUGGUGGAUACGAACGAUGGCAUUAUGCGGAUGAGCAUCGAGUGA